AUGAAGUAUGGAGAAUUGGUGACAGAUUACUUCUCCAGGACGAUGAUAAUCGCAAAUAAGAUGAGAAUCCAUGGCGACAAAAUAGCAGAUGUCACUAUAAUUGAGAAGAUUCUUCGUUCGAUGACAACAAAAUUCAACUAUGUUAAAAUGAUUCGGCAAGACAAGGAGGAGCAAGCGUUACAAGCCUCGACAUCAAAAAGACGGGGUCAAGGACGUGGAAAAGGCAGAGGCAAAGGCAGCAAUGAUGGUAGGCACUCAAAUCAUAAAUCUGAAGAUUCUGACUCUCAAGCGAGAGGAAAAGGCCAUGACAACAACAACAAUCAUUCAAUGCCUUCCAAGUCAAAGUGA